GAGAGGGUAUUGCAUACAUAGGUUGUGGCCUGCCCCCUGGUCAACAAGCUGCAGACACACAGCAAGUGGACGUUGCACAUAAAAAGCCGCUGUCACUUUAACAAAAGUUCAAUGUCCAUGAAAAUCUGCGUGGCUGCAAAAUGGAUCUGAAAGAGCUGGCUGUAAACGCAUUGUCCCAGAAUAAAAAAACUGCUUUUCUGAUCGGUGGAGCUGGUGUUGCUGUUCUGGGACUUGGUCUUGGAUAUAAAUACUUACUAAAGCCUGAAAAAGUUGUUCGUGUAGGCGUAGUGUCCCAGCUCCUCAUUCACCCUCUGAAGUCUGGUAAAGGGGUGUCUGUGGCUCUUGCAGAAUGCCACAAAAUGGGUUUGAAGUUUGGAGAGCUGCAGGAUCGACACUGGCUGUUGGUCACAGAGGACGGUCACAUGGUGACAGGCAGACAGCAGCCUCGUCUGGUGUUGGUGUCUCUGACCUGCGAGGGAGUUCAGGUUUGUCUGAACGGCCCAAACAUGGAAGAGUUGCGGUUUCCUGUCGAUCAGCCCGACAACAACGUCAUCAACUGCAGAGUGUUUGGCGCUGACAUUCAGGGUCGGGACUGCGGUGACGAAGUGUCUCAUUGGCUCACUCGUUAUCUGGCGGCAGAGACGACGUUUCGCUUGGUGCACUUUGAACCCCAGAUGAGACCCAGGAAGCCGAUAGAUCUCGAGCCUCUUUUCUCACAAUCUGAGCAGGUGGCUUACCCAGAUGUCGGACCUGUGAUGCUCCUGUCCGAGGCUUCUGUCAAGAAUCUCAGCAGCAAGUUAGACAAGGACGUAACAGCGGAGCGUUUCCGCCCAAACAUCAUCAUAAGUGACUGUGAAGCUUUUGAUGAGGAUUCAUGGGAAGAGAUCCAGAUUGGCGGAGUUAGGCUGCAGCGUGUAAUGUCGUGUGGAAGAUGCAUUUUCACUACAGUUGACCCUGAAACAGGCAUAAUCAGCAGAAAAGAGCCUCUGGAAACACUGAAAAGCUAUCGGCUGUGCGAACCAUCUGAGAAGCACAUCUAUAAAUCGGCUCCGUUGUUUGGACAGUUGCACACUGUGAAGAAGACGGGGAUCCUGCAGGUCGGCGAUGUGGUGUACAAGAUCAGCCGUUGAUGUCAGAGAGAGAGAGACGGAAAAACAUGCCGACAAACAUUAACUUUUGUAAGGGGAAGAUGGUUUUGCUAUUAGCACUAUCACUGUAUAACCACUAGACCACACAAAAGAAAGUAUUUGAAUAUAUGACGUAUCGAACAGUUAAAUAGUAAAAAGCAGAAAUAUACGUAACAAAGAUCAUGUUUUAGAAAUAGAGCUUUGAUUCAUAGAGACCAAUCGACCGAGAUAACAUGUAGUUAUCACUGGUUAUUAGAUCCUAAUAGAAAAUAAUGCUAUUAAAGAGAGUAAUGAAAGUGCCCGAGUCUUUGCAAUAUAAUACUCUACCUGUGUAAUUAUUCCUGCAAUAAUCAGGACAGAGAAACACUACUGCGCAUAUGCAACCUCUAGUAUUAGUAUAAUCUUCCACUCAUUGAAAUAAACCCACUGACCCUCUCAUGCUCUGAAGGCAUAUGUUAACAAAGAAGGAAAUGAAUGGAUUAUACCUUUUUAAAACAGCAGUAUUUAAGUUCCCAAAUGACAAAAAGACUCCAACACACAUAACAAUUUGGAUUUAAAAAUUGUAAAUGAUUAGUUCAACAUAUGUAAUAUAAUUUUCUAUAAAGAGUAUUUUGGUUAAUUAUAUUUAUAUUUUGAUAAGAGCCACCGACUGGGUUGUAUUUUUAAUUUCCUAGCUAUUCUAUAAAUGUUAAAAGCUUCUGUAAAAUCACUAAAACAGAGAUAACUGAGGCGGUUCUGUAUCACCUCUCAGGGUAAAUAUUUCUAGAGUCUUUGUAGUCAUGUAUUUGACAUUUACCUGCUGAAUAAACUUUCCAGCAGCAGGUCUGUGACGAACACAACCUUUCAGUUAAUGAGCAAUCCGCCAGUGUCUCAGACCAGUAAGAAGUCAAAGUGUUAUUCUUAAUUCUCCAGUAAUGUGAACUGACAGAUUUUGGUCCCUUAGCCAAAACUUAGACUACUUUUCACAUGCUUUUCCUGUUGGAAUAGAAAUUAAUCCAAAACCAGAAAACGACUUGUUUUCCACCUUUAUUAUCUGCACCUACUGACUGUGGGUAUCGACUGGCUGACUGGGACCGUUUGCCUCGUCCAUCGCCAUGCCUACCACUGCCUCCAACUGUCUUUACAAACAUGUUUCAGUAGUUUGACCAACAUUCAGCUGGUAACCAAUGUAUUGUAGUUACACAAAGCUGCAAAGGUGACCCAUCCUUUGUCCUUUUAUACUUCUGUUAAUGAGGCAGUUCAUAAAAACAUUUGCUACAGCCUCUGUAAGAAACUUCAGUUAAAAUGUUUGAUUUGUUUUCUCUGAUGAAAAUACUGUUAGGCCUUUGAUUGAUUUUUGUGAUUUUUUUUAUUACAGAUUAUUCCUCAAUAAAACAUUUAAUGAUG